GCACUCACUAAACAACACACACCAGACAGCACUUUCAGAUAGAGAGAGACAGAGAGGUAGAAAGAGAGAGAGAGAGUGCAAGAGAGAAAUCUGCCUCGAACAGAACAUUGAGUCUAAACUGAUUGCAUGAAAGUUGGACAUUUAAUGAACUUAGAUAUUGAGCGAUCAAUCCCAAUAACCUUGGAGAGGAAGAGUCUGAAUUGACUUUAUGUUUCAAAGGAAGUUGGACUGACAAACACAGAAAGUCCACGGAACCAUGGACGAUGUAUCACUCCGCCAGGACGAUUCUGGGAAAGACGCAACAGCCAACCAGACGGAGGACAACAAAAACAAUCAGACAGAGAGAGAGGCUUCAGUGCAGGAGUGUGACCCCCCUAAGAGAGACCACCUGGCGGAGGACACAGUGGAAGGUCAUGUGGUUAAGUCUGGGGCUAAUACGGAGAAAGCGCCGGAACAGGCAGCAGGGGCUAGCAUUAGAAAUGUAGAGGACUCUCAGCCAGUAACCGACACCAUUGAGGUUAAUGGUGAAGAGGCUUGUAAGGGUGAGGGAACAUCUCAAGGUGCAGACACCGGAGAAACAGAAGACUCCAAAGUGGUGAACAGAGAGAAGAAGGGGGAGGGAGAGAAGGAGGAGGACAAGAAUAGAAAGGGUCAAGAGGUGGUCAAGAAUGGAGAGAUUGAGAAAGAGGAUGUGAAGGAGGACAAAGAGAAGGGGGGAGAAAAUAUUGCCAGGAAAAAGGGGAAGGGGGAAAAGAUAGGAGAGGCAAAAACAGAAGAGAAGAUAAAAGGAGAUAAAUGGAAAGACAGAAAAGUGAAGGCAGGGAAGGGAGAGGGAGAGAAGGGAGAGGGAGAGAAGGGAGAGGGAGAGAAGGGAGAGGCAGGGAAGGGAGAGGGAGAGAAGGGAGAGGCAGGGAAGGGAGAGGGAGAGAAGGGAGAGGGAGGGAAGGGAGAGGGACAUAAGGGAGAGGCAGGGAAGGGAGAAAAGGGAGAGGCAGGGAAGGGAGAGGGAGAGGCAGGGAAGGGAGAGGGAGAGAAGGGAGAGGCAGGGAAGGGAGAGGGAGAGAAGGGAGAGGGAGAGAAGGGAGAGGAAGAGAAGGGAGAGAACGUAGAGGCAGGGAAGGGAGAGGCGGGGAAGGGAGAGGUGGGGAAGGGAGAGGGAGGGAAUGGAGAGAGAGGGAAUGGAGAGGGAGAGGGAGGGAAGGGAGAGGGAGAGAAGGGAAAGAGAGAGGGAGGGAAGGGAGAGGGAGGGAAGCCACCGGAGAACAAGAGCAAACCAGUAAAAGAAAAGGAAGGGGCAGGAGGUGGAAAGGUUAAAGAGAAAAGCAAGGAAGUGGAGAAGCAAGGAAAGACCAAAAGAAAGAGUGGCGUGAAUCACACCGCCUCUACCCCAUCCUCUGUGGCCCGACCCCGGAGCUCUGCCCGCUCUGCCCGGCCUUCCACUAAAAAGGACAUCAUAGCAAAGUUCCAGAAAAAUGACUCUGAGACACCGGUUGUCUGCAACUUCAAACUUCAGAGAUCAUCUAUGGCUGUGACAAACGGGGCAUCAAUCAAACAGAAAGUGCUUUCCUGGUGUCAAAACAAAACACGCAAGUACGAGGGUGUUUCCAUAGAGAACUUCUCAUCAUCGUGGUGUGAUGGGCUGGCGUUCUGUGCACUCAUCCAUCGCUUCUUCCCGGACGCUUUCGACUUCUCAGCCCUGAGCUCAUCUGAGAGAGAGAAGAAUUUCACCCUGGCCUUCAACACAGCAGAGACCAUGGCUGACUGCUGCCCCCUGUUGGAGGUUGGUGAUAUGAUCCUGAUGGGGAACAGCCCGGACCCUAUGUGUGUGUUCACCUAUGUCCAGGCACUCUGCCAUCACCUCUCCAAAAUAGAGAAGGAGAGGAAGGACAAGGAGGAAGAGGAGAAGAAGACUGAAAAGAUGAAAGACGAAGAGGUAGAAACCACUGCAGAGAAGAAAGAGGAGGAGAGUGAGGAAAGUGGGAAGAUAGAUGGUCAACAAGAGGAGGGAGAUGAGGGAAGGGAGAACGAAGUAAAAGACGGGAAAGAGAAUGAGAGUGAGGAGAGCUCAGCGGUAGAGAGAGAGCAAGAGGGAAGAGAGGUUAGAGGGUUAAUUGAAGCACAGGCUUAAGCUAAUGCUAAAGACAUGGGAAAGAGAUUCAAAUAAGUCACAUGAUGAAGUAUAGUUUUACAGUUUGAAACACGACAAGUGUUUAGCAUGUAUGAGCAUAAUUUUUUAAAGAGUGACACAUUACUACUGUAUAUUCAAAAGCUGGCUUUGUUAAGGUUGUGAAUUAUACUCAGAUUCCAACAAUGUGUGUAAAUUGUAACCUGUUGUGACUUUUUAAACCAUAUUUAACACAUGCUGUGUUCUUUCCAAUUUCAUUAUCAUGUCUGUUGUGGAAGUUUGUGCACAGAAAAAUAAAACGUCAAUGUAUAUUAUAAUGAACUAUUUUGAUUUAUUUUUAAGAAAGACAACCUAUGUAUUUUUUUAUUAUGGGUAAAGUUAUUAAGUACGGCUGCACUGCAGCCCAAAUAAGGAUUCAAAAGGCUCUUGGGUGAUGAUGAUCUAUC